GGGCAAGACCAGGGGGCCCAGGGUGAAUGGUCUACACAAAAGUUUAAAGCCAAAGAGACAGCACCCGCCGGAGGCAAGAUGGCGCACCAGCUGGAGCAGCUGCUCACCUGCUGCAUCUGCCUGGACAGGUUCCGGAACCCGAAGCUGCUGCCAUGCCAGCACUCGGUGUGCAUGGAGCCGUGCAUGGAGGGCCUCGUCGACUACGUGCGUCGACAGGUCAAGUGCCCAGAGUGCCGAGCCGAGCACAGGAUCCCUUACAACGGGGUCCAGGGCUUCCCCUCCAAUGUCACCCUGCAGAGGUUCCUUGAGGCGCACAUCGAGAUCACUGGCGAGGCACCGGAUCCACAUACGGGAGGGGCCCACCGCCUCUCCAACGUAGGAGGAACAUUUCAGCCUCAAGCAGAACACAGGCGCAGCGUCACGGAAGAAAUCGAGAAUAUUUGUGUUCGUUUGCAAAAAUCCCUUCGAGAUAGAUGUGAUUUUCUCAAGACAGAGCUUGAAAACUACUACCAAGCGGAACUUCGCAACCUGACCGUCCUGAAGGAGGGUCUCGACCAGGAAGUCUCCAACAUCGGCUCCAACAUCGAACUCGCCGAGAAACACAUGGACGACGACACCCCAUGGGACGACACGGAGCUCAUGGACGCCAAAGACAUUUUCCUCAAGACGAUGGAAUUCAUUAGAAGCUUCGAUUACGAGGCCGGAGACUACAGCAGGAGGGCGAGGUUCAACCCGCCGGACGACCUCAAUAAGUUGUCGACGCAGCUGAGCACCCUGGGGGACAUCACCUUCAGCACGCCCAACAAGAUGAACGACAGCUACUCCUCCGGGCCGUGCAUGGGCUCGGGGCUGAUGAAGAGCAAGAGCGACCACCGCCUCGCCGCGCAGUACCGAGACCAGGACGAUAGUUACGGCGGUUACACCACAGGCAGGACAUCGCCGCUUAUGCGCAGACGCUUCGGGGAGAGGAACGUCGAGAGGCACGACGAGGAUUCCUCGGCUGACUCUGGGCGGCGGCGGUUCCGGUCGCGGUUCAUGCGCAAAGAAGAAGACGAGGAGCGUUCGGUUCGCUUCUCCGAGGAGGACGGACCCAAGCGAAACCGCGUGAUCGACACCGAGGACGUGUCCCGCGGCCCCCUGUCGGGCAUCGUCAGGAUCACCGACUCGCCGCGGGUCAUGAAGCGCUUCCAGGAGCGCGACAUGAACAAGAACAAGAAGAAGGAAGAACCAGCCAAGCCAGCACAAAACACGGCGCCUAAGCCCCCCGUCACCCCCCUGCAGCGCAAGCCUGCCCGCCAGACCAGCAACGAAGACGAGAUCGACAAGAUCAAGAAGCAGAACAAGGCGGCCGAGUCCACCUCCGGGGGCGCGACCGCGCCGCCACCCUCCGGCGCCUCCACUCCCAGCACACCCACCACGCCCAAACCCGCGGGAGAGCGCGUGUCCUCCAUCCGCGAGGACGAGCGCCAGAGCCGCAGCGACCGCACCUCCACCUCCCCGAGGUCGUCGGCGAACCACUCGCCGUCGUCGUCAGUCACGCGCGAGGACGACCGCCGCCGCGACUACAGCGCCUCGGGGGCCAACGGCUCCACGCCGUCGCGCAAGACGAGCGUCGACACGAGCGUGUCGCAUCGCUCGUACCCCUUCAGCCGCUCGUCGUCCAACUCGUCCGUCGGCGACAAGGCCAGCGGCAACAGGAGCCCCCGGACGCUAGAAGCGACCUCGUACGAGCGCAAGCUGUCCCGCUCCAACAGUACCGACAGCAACUCCGGGGACGGAGCCGCGUCGCCCAAGAAGAACACGGGCGCCGCCUUCUCCACGGAGGAGCUUCGGAACCGCUUCAUGAGGACGGAUUCGAAACCGUCCACCUCGAAGGCGGAGGCGUCGCGCUCGUCGGGUGCGGGCAGCGCUUCCCGCUUCUCAUCGCGUUUUUUAGGCCGAGCCGGUACUCCCUCAGUGGAGGCCUCGAAGGAAUCAGGGAAUGAGGACGACGACGACGACGAGGAGGAGAGCAGCGAUGAUUCCGAGUCCGAGGAGAGCGAAGAGUCGUCAGAGGAGGAGGAGGAGGAGGAGGCAACAUCCGAGUACUCUCGCCCGGACGUUGGGCCAUUGCUGGGGCGGAGUGCCCAGGCUCGCGACGUAGCCGGUAGUUCUAGUUCUAGGAAUAACUGGGGCGACAGGAGCUCCUACACCUCGGUCCCUCCCAGCGGAGGCGACUCGGGUUACUCAAGUAGCAGCAGGUACGGCAGCAGCAGCGACAACAGCAACGGCAGUACCUCGUCCAGCAGGUAUGGGGCUUCUGCCUCCAGCAGCAGCACCGACUCUGGCCUGGGAAGUCACAGACGUCCCUCGUACAUGGAAACCAAAGCCCCGUCCAAGGAGAAGGACGACGACUUCGACUCCAAGUACCCCUUUGCCAGCAAGAUCCUGAGCCGCUCUCGGGCCAACGUGCCCGAGGAGGAGUCCAAGCACCCCUUCCAGAGCCGGUUCCUGAACCGCUCCAAGAGCUCGGCCGUCCUGGGCCCAGACGACGAGGACUCGUCCUCCACGCCCUCGCACGGCAGCAGCAGGGCUCGCUUCGAAGAGCUGAAGGAGCGCAGACAGCGGCUGGCGCGAAGCAAGAGUUCGGCGGGUCUUGAGGACGACGAGACGUCCUCAGCCGACACGUCCUCUGCCUCCGCCUACCGCCCGCGCUACGGCCGCACCGAGCCCGAGACGUCGACGACAUCGCGCACGUCUGCCUCGUCCUCGGGUGCGUCCGGCGGCGGUGAGGAGGGAGGAUCCUCCUCGACGCAGCUCUCCAACUGGGCCCGGUACCUGAAGAACAAGUACGGCAACCGGUCUAGCACCGGCGAGAGCAGCAGCAGCACCCCCUCCGGGAGAAACACAAGCAUAGGCCUAGGCAGCAGCAGUAGCGGCCUAGGCAGCAGCACCAGUUCCACCAGCGGUGCCGGGAGUUCACUUGGUAGCUCACGCACGAGCACGGGGUCCGCACUGGGUGGCAGAGCCAUCUCGCGGUCCCGAUCAUCGCACCUUCUUGGCCUCGCCAAAGAGGGAGAAUCUUCUGAAGACGAUUCAAAAAACGUGCACGCUACCCCUACUUCCCAACAAGCAGGUAUACUGGUUCCUACACAGUUCGGAAGUUUACAUAGGAGCCAGUACCUGCAGAAGCAGCGCCUCUUACUUAAGAUCGGGAGUAGGGGUAGUGAACCAGGAAAUUUUACAUGGCCAAGAGGCAUAGCUGUUGGACCUGACAACAGCAUAGUGGUUGCCGACUCGAGCAACCACCGCGUGCAGGUGUUUGACCAGCACGGCAAGUUUGUGAAGGAGUUUGGCUCCUACGGGAGCGCCGAAGGAGAGUUUGACUGCCUGGCAGGUGUGGCAGUCAACAGGAUCGGUCAAUUCAUUAUUGCCGAUCGCUACAACCACAGAAUUCAAAUCUUCGAUCCGUCCGGCAUGUUCCUGCGCGCCUUCGGAAGCCAAGGCAGCGGCGACGGGCGGUUCUCUUACCCUUGGGGCGUGACCACCGACGCCCUCGGCUUCAUCUACGUGUGUGACAAGGAGAACCACCGCGUGCAGGUGUUCCAGUCCGACGGGUCCUUCGUCGGCAAAUUCGGUUCCAUGGGCAACAAGCCCGCCCAGCUGGAGCACCCGCACUACAUCGCCGUGUCCUCCACCAACCGCGUCAUCGUGUCCGACUCCAACAACCACAGGAUACAGGUGUUCGACAUCAACGGCAAGGUCACCAACACCUUCGGAGCGGAAGGCAGCGCCGAAGGACAGUUCAAGUUCCCAAGGUCACAACACAAUUUUGGAGACGGGGAGCGUCGCGCCACGUCAGCCAAUGGGAACCAGCCUCCCCACCGCCAGCCAAUAGGAAAAAGGCCCACCCAUCUUCACCAUCUUCAGCCAAUAGGAAAAAAGCUUUACCACCGCCAGCCAAUGGGAGAAAAGGAACAGCGACGAAUGCCUGGAAUGUGGACAAGCCUUUCUUCUGUCAACCAAUCACAACGAGAAGAAAUGGAAAACUUGUCCAUGACGUGUUGAAUAUGUUUAUAACCAAAUUCUUAAACACGCCAUGAUACUUAUUCGAUGUAGUCUUUCAAAUUAGCACGAAAAAAAUAAUUAGCUUGUCAUUUUGUUCUGUAGAAACGCACACGUAAUAACGAUGAUGAUUUUACAAAAAUAAUAAAACAUCCAUAGUAAAAGUAGCAAUACCAGUAAUCCUAAUGAUAAACAAACUUGCCAUUUGGUCAAAUUCCCGCUCGAAUGAAUCAGGUUGAGCGGAUUUUCGCUUCAAAUCCGCCAGAACCUCCCGCAGGAGAGCAAUUUUAGCAGCCAAGUCGAACGCAUCGAGAGCCAUUUUCAGGGUGCGCCCCGGUAGCGAGCGUGGGGCCAGGGGCGGGGUCUGCCACACAGCUUGGGAGCGGUCGUAGCAUUUCAUUCCAAAUGCCAUUAUGUAUUCUACGUAUAUGAUAAUGCCCCAUUUACGAUGAAGGUGAAAAAGGUGCCUCCAGCUCUGCGCCAGCGUCUCCCGCCCGGCCCCAUGUUGUUUACCUGCUAUAUAUUGUGAUCGCUAGGUUACAGUGCGUCUGUGUGUAGUGUUGUGUACAUUAGAAUUUACUAUAAUCUGUUUGUACAUUUGCAUAAGUGCAGUUUUUAUGAAUAUAUGGAGUCAACAACGCUGAAAGAUUUUUUUUUUUUUUUGGCAAACUUGAUGAAGAAAGAUUUUGUAGAUCAGAGAGGUGCCAAAAUUUGAAUGUGUGGAAACUUUAAUCCUCUGUUCUUUGUGUUAUUUUUUUUCUCAUUGUCUUUCUCAUCGGAGGCCAACAAGCCAACAAAGUAUUGAUUUUAUUUAUGUAUUUAUUUACCUUCAAUUUAUUUAUAUCAUUGAAUCACUCGUGAUCUAACUUUUUUUUGAAAGAACACUGAGUGAAUACUUGUAUAUUUUUGCGUCUUUUUUAUUUUUAGAUUUUUAAUUGUGACAUAAUUUUCUGCUGUAAUUACUGGCAAUCAUCACAGUAUCUUGGACUUAGUUGAUUAACCUCUCUAUCAUUCAUAGAUGCAUGCAGUCGUUUGAUUUUUUAGAAUACUGUUAAUGAUGAUAAUGUAAUUAACUCAUUGUAUCUCACUAAGUUGCUUUAAUCUCAGCUAUUUGAAAUGCUUCAAUAAUGUCUGUAUGAUAAAAAACUAUUUAAAAAAAUCUUUGGAAGUCGAAAUGUACAUGUACAAUAUGAACACUUUAGUAUAAUGCAAUCAAUAUUUAUACAAAGAUAUCAUAUGUAAUAUUUAAUGUUGGAUACAUAUCGUGGUUUGUAGAUCUAAUAAACAUUUUUUUCUCUUUUCAUAUUUCUGUAAUUUUUAAGUUGCAUGUGCAUCGAAAUAUAUGUAGAGGAACUUUUUAUGCUGAAGGAAAUUUUUGCAAAAAAGAUGACAGGAUUUUUUGUCUAGAAGAUUAUUAAAAACUUUCUAGAUCAGUAUUGUCUAGAUUUCUUGCAAGACAGAGCUUCGUCUUAUAGAAAUAUUCCACCAGCUGAUGGCUUGAUUUUUUAUUUAUUAUUCUUAUCUCUUGAAAUGAUGAUUUUUGGACCAAAUGCUAAAGACACACAGGACAUUCAGCCAAACCUUGUGAAUAAGAAUAAGAAGAGAGUGAAAAGGGGCAAGGAGAAAGUAUGAAAGAGGAGGAGAAGAAGGGAUAAGGAUAGAAAAAAGGAGAAUAGAGAAAUGAUGAGAGAAAACAAAGAAAACAAAAAAAGAAGAUUGAAAGAAAUAAUUUUUAAGAAUAAAAUAAUAAAAAAGAGGAAACAACAAAUGAGGGAAAUAGAGAACAGAAAAAAGGGAAAAAGAAAGAAAGAGAAUAAAAUUGUUGCACACACAUUGCACCUCCUCUCAUUGCAAGGCUGAGCUGUACUGCCGUGUGUGUCUUCGGAGUUUCGGCCUGACCUGUGAACCAGUCAAAAGUGCUGUCUAUCUGUCCUGUUUCAUUUGUUCCUUGAAUGAAAGGCUUUCCGUUUCCUCUGGUCACAUUUUCCUAGAUGUUGAGAAUAAAAUGAUCAGCUGAGAAUCU